CAGCAUGUUGCAGAGGGUCACAUGACCGCUGACUUUGAUUGCUGCUGCAGCCACACGGAGAGCGCCGCCGUUAUCAGCAAACCGCACACUUUUUUAACGCACAAAUCAUCUUGUCAGGCCCCUCGAGUCUGAAUGGACCAUUUCUACCAAAAACUCUUCCAGUGUCCCGACCCGAGGGGCCAGAGCCAGGACCGGGACCGGGCCAAGCGAGUGGCGACCCGUGAAGAGUAGCGCCGAGCGACCUUCAGCCACUGAGGAAUCAACUGCUGCCGGGACCGGUCCGGAUCGGGAGGCGGGUCCGAGGCUGACGAUGCUGUCCGCCGCCGUGCAGAUCCUGGCGUUCGCCCUGGCCGUGCUGGGCAUGGUGGGCGCCACGGUGGCCACGCUGCUGCCCAACUGGCAGGUGAGCAUCAAGGUGUGGUCCAGCAUGGUGGCCCCCAUGUGGCACACACGGGGGCUGUGGAUGGACUGCGUAUGGUACGGUGCCGGCGUCUUCAGCUGCACCAUGAAGACCACCCUCCUGUCCCUGCCCCCCUACCUGCAGACCACCAGGGCUGCUAUGAUCCUGUCCUGCAUGGUGGCAGCCUUCGGACUGUGCCUGGCCUCUCUGGGGCUCAAGUGCACCCGCUGGGGGGGCGGCCAAAGGGCCAAGGGGCACACAGCCGUCGCUGCGGGGGGCUGCUUCAUCCUGGCCAGCGCACUCUGCCUCGGCCCCGCUUCCUGGUUCACCUCAGAGGUUGUUGCUGCCUUCCAGAGCACCGACUUGCCGGACGGCAGCAAAUACCAGCCAGGGGGGGCGCUCUGCGUCACCUUCAUCUCUGCCGGCUUCCUCCUGGCGGGAGGAGUUAUCUUCUGCUUGUCCUGUCCGAGUCAAGGAUCCGCCCAGCUGGACUACCCGUCCCCCGUGGACCCAGACAGAUUUAUGCUGGCCCAAAAGGAGCGACGACAUCCAGCGACGCCCGGUAAGAGUCCCAAAACAGCUGGACCAGGCAUGAAGGUGGAUGCAGGGAAACCUCCGGAAGCACAGAAGACGACCUACGUCUCCCUCUCAAAAAUGCCCCCCAAGGACCUGAAGGACAGUUACACCCUGCAGGAGUACGUCUGACCCGCAAGGAGAUUCAUUUCGUUUAUCACGAAGACAAAAGACAAAUGUCCCUGUCUUCGGUCCCGUCCUGACAGGACAAUAAUUCCUAAAACAUCCGAAUCCCACAGCCUGCAUGGCCACUCCGUCUUUUCCUCGCUGCCCAGGAGGACCCCAGCGAGGCAGCGCAGCGUGGAGGACGCUAAUGAUGCUCUUUGCUUUCCAUUAUCUUCCGACACGCCUCCGUGCACACACGCACACACACGCACACACACACGUCAUUGAAUGUUCCACAGCAUAUCUGAGUGGGCGGGGUCUUAUGAGCGGAGCUGCCAACCACCGUUGUUACGCAGGAAGCGACAAAAACUAUUUUUCUGUUCAGAUAUUUCACGUGAAUGUUAAGACAAACAUGAAAGAAGCAAAUUGUUGAUGCCAUAUUUCAUUUAAAAUGAAAUGGAUACUGUAUUAAAAGGUACUGUAUUGAUACUGAAUUGUACUUCAUACUUAAUGUCCUCAUACAAUAACAAAGACCUUCUUAAAACACUCAA